AUGGGCUAUUGUUGCGCUGCUGAAAUUGCUCGACAAACACACAUUCCUGUCCGUACUAUUCAGUAUAAUUUAGUCAAGAUUCGGAAGCAAGGCGGCGUGGAACACCGACGAGGCAACGGUCGACGUCGAAAAAUCUCAAAUGAAGAUAAUGUUGUACUUGGCCAGUGGAUUCGAAGAAAUAGUGAAAUUAUAUCGAAGGAAAUAGUCGCAAAACUUCACACAAAGAAAGAUUUGAAUGUUUCUCGAUGGACCGUGCGUCGUCAGCUACGUCGAUUAGGUUAUAAAAACGUUUUACCUCGAGGAACUCCAAUGUUAACAAAUGAACAAAAAGAAAGACGUGUUCAAUGGGCUUUGGCACACAAGGAUGAUGAUUGGAAUCGAACAGUAUUCUCUGAUGAAACAUCUUAUCAAUUAUUCAGAAAUACCAUCCGCCGUUGGUCGAAAUAUGCUAACAAAGAAACAAAACCAAUUCCGAAGAAUAGACAGAAAAUUAUGGUGUGGGGUGCUUUUAGUAUCAAAGGUUUGUUGCAAUGCUAUUCUUUUCGAACAAUAAUGAACGGUCGUCUUUACGUUGAAAUACUUCAAAAUCAUCUCAUUGGUAACGCAAGAAAACAAUUUGGACGUCGGUGGCGAUAUCAGCAAGAUAACGACCCAAAGCAUACCAGUCGAAUAGCGAAACAAUUUUUGAAAGAACAAGUGCCUGAAAUAAUCGACUGGCCAAGCAAUAGUCCUGAUCUUAACCCAAUCGAAAAUCUUUGGUCUAUACUUAAACGACGUGUGGAGAAACGAAGACCAUCAAAUAUCAACGAAUUGGACCAGUUUUUACACGAAGAAUGGGAAAAUAUCGAUUUGAAAAUUGUAAAUAAUUUAGUACAGUCGAUGAAAUCAAGAUGUUUAGCGAUUAUUGAUUCAAAGGGAAAAAGAAUUGAUUAUUAA